AUUCGAUGAGGAAGUGACUGUCCAGCAUGGCUACAGCGCCUGGUAAUCUUGCUGGUGUGCAGCAUAUCCUCCUGGUACUGUCGGGGAAAGGAGGCGUUGGCAAAAGUACCAUAUCCACUCAGAUUGCUCUGGCAUUGCGUCAUGCUGGGAAGAAGGUCGGCAUACUGGACGUAGAUCUGUGUGGGCCCAGUAUACCCUGCAUGCUGAACGCUCAUGGCAAGGACGUCCAUCAGUGUGACAGCGGCUGGGUGCCAGUCUACGUGGACCAGGAGAAGAGCAUCUCGCUCAUGUCCAUUGGAUUCCUGCUGGAGCGACCUGACGAUGCUGUAGUAUGGAGGGGACCUAAGAAGAACGCAAUGAUAAAACAGUUCGUGGGUGACGUGGCCUGGGGCGACUUGGAUUUCCUUAUUGUUGACACUCCACCGGGAACUUCCGAUGAGCACAUUUCCACUGUGGACUCUCUGAGGCCCUUUAAACCCAUGGGAGCUGUACUGGUCACCACGCCUCAGGCAGUAUCCAUCGGAGAUGUAAGACGUGAACUGACGUUCUGCAAGAAGAUGGGGCUUCCGGUGGUUGGAAUUGUGGAGAACAUGAGCGGCUUUGUUUGUCCUCAUUGCGCGGAAUGCACUAAUGUUUUUUCCAAAGGCGGUGGUGAGGAGCUAGCAAGACACGCCGGAGUCCCAUUUCUAGGUUGUGUUCCUCUUGAUCCCCUUUUGACUCAAAGUCUGGAGCAGGGGAAAGACUUUAUUCAGGAGUUCCCCAAAAGCGCCACGUACUCGUCCAUCACAAGUGUUGCUCAGCAGAUCCUGGACAUGGUUACGCAGGGAUCCUGACCCUGAAGAUGGCUGAGAUCGGAGGACUUACGUCAGAUAUUAGCUUAGAAUCACGUAGGACAGACAGGUCAUGCAUUAAUCCGGGGACCUCUGAUGAGAAUAUAUGGCGGCCGUCAGUGCAAGAUCUUGUCAUAUAAGUUGUCAGCUUGGCGAGAUAAACCUCCCGCACCUGUUGUCAGAGCGUUUAUAUUGGACUUUAUCCGAUGCGAUUGUUGCCUUUAUCGUAUUACACUCUGCUUGAAGAGACUGCAGCUUUUCACAGUAAAAAUCACAUGAAUACAGAA